GUCAUUAAAGCUAGCUUCGGACGGGACCAGAUUACAUUAAGCAAUGAGCAUCAGUCCUGCUUCCGUCCAGAUGGACGACGUCAGGCUGAGAGCCCAGUCGCUCCUCUCGUCGUCGGGUUCAGCCCAGGAUGUGAAGGCUGAAGUUCAGACCAUGGCCUCCAUCGCGCUGCCUGUUUCAGAGAAGUAUCGUCACCUGACAGCAGAGGCCAUGCUGAAGGAAAACACGGCAGGUCGCAGCAACCAGGAGGCUCUGGAUUCUUUGAGCAAACUGCUGAAAGCCUUGAGUAUCCUGGAGAAGUACGGCUGCAACCUGACCAGUCCCACCAGGCCCAGGUUCUGGAGGAGCGUCAAGCACAACAACCCUGUCUUCAGAACCACCGUGGACGCCAUCAAGGGGGGUCGCCAGGUGUUGCAUCUGUACGGUUACACCAGCCAGCAGAUCGAUGGCCUCAGUUUUCCCGAAAAUGUCACCGAGCCGGAAUCUGAAAAGGUGGCCGCGGUGACGCUGGAGGUGAUGACGCUGCGCUCAGAGGUGGACAUGCUGCUGAAGGGCACCCAUCCUCACCCCGAAUUCUUCAAAGACAUCAUCCCAUUUCUCAUCCAGAACAAGUCAUCUGACUCUAUGGCAAAUUUGCCUGCAGACAAGGGUCAGGGAGACAAAGCCCAUGUUCCUCCUACGCCUUCACCUAAACCGGCUCCGAUGCCGAGAACAAAUCCUCCAAAACCUGCAACAGUUUCCCCAUCAGUGAGCGUGUGUAGUCUGUGUGGUGGCGCUUCAUCUUUUGUCUGUCCGACUUGUCCAAACCAACAUUUCUGCGAYGCGUGUGACGACCUCUUCCACCGCCACCCGUCCAGAGCCGAUCACAAGAGAGACAAAAUACACAAACCCAAACAGGAGACCUGCACCAUCUGUGGCAUUGCUGCUGUCCACGCUCAGUGCCCCACCUGCAUCCAAAAGUUGUGUUUGAACUGCGACCGACUCUUCCACUCUCACCCCGACCGCAAAGGCCACAGCAGGACCGUUCUCACCCCGACAGGCGCUAAAGCCUCCAGCCUGUCUCAGGCAUCAUGGGACUGCUCUCACUGCACUACGGUGAACGAGAUGCGAGCUGUUCUCUGCACGACUUGUGAGCGUCCUCGACUCGCCACGGCUGCAUCCACAGUCCCAGAGUUGGUUCCCACGUCACCAAAUUCAGAGUGGCAGUGCAAGAGCUGCACGGUGUUGAAUCAGGGCAGCAGCAUCCUCUGCAAGGUCUGUGAGCGCCCCCGCCUGGCCACUCGCCCACCUGUAGCCUCCAGUCCAGGAUCUGUGUCGGACUCUGGAGAAAAGUGGACCUGCCAGUUCUGCACCUACGUCAACUCUCAGCCCUCCCCCGUGUGCGAGGUYUGCAGCCUGUCUUGUAAAGAGUCGUCUGGAGUUUCUUUGCCUCAGUCCCUCCACCAGGUGCCGUCUGUCGCUAACGACAAGCCUCAGCUGGGCGGGAGGCCUCAGCCGAAGCCCCGAGUCAACCUGGACCUGAAGAGGCAGAAGACGAUGAGGGACGAUGGACUCAAGCUCAUCCAUCAGAUCAGAGAGGCCGAAAAGCAAGGCAUCAGCCCAGAGGAGGUGUACGCAGCCCUCUGCAUGUGUGGCGGUAGCAACCCCUGCGACUGGCUGWCGUCAGAGCUGCCUCACCUGCUGGAUGAGAUCUGCGCCAUGGCCGCCUCCGUCCAGCUGAACUGCAGAGCAGGGAACGCCGGGACGGCGGCCGACRUGGACCGAGAUGGAGUGGAACCGGAGCAGAACCCUGCAGGAGGAGGAGGAGCGAAGCUGUCCCGGGCCGAGGCCAAGCUGGCCUGGUUGGCAGCAAGAGGAGACACAGAGAAGGCUGUGAGACAGCUGCUGAGGGACAGACGGGUCAAGAUGAAGGAGCUUCACUCUCUGGGCUUCCAGGAUGUCUCUCAGUGUGAGGAGGCUCUGCGCCAGAGUGGAGGGGAGGUGAAAGGAGCUCUGUCUCUGCUGCAGCGCCCCCUCUUGGAGCCGUUCCACCAGCACAUCUGGAUAGAUCAACCCGAGCCGCCGAUUGAUCCCAAACACCCGGACAAACAGAGAACCUGCAGGCGGCUGCUGGCGCUGUACAGCUUGCCCAGCUGGGGGCGCUGUGAGCUCGUCCUCUCGCUGCUCCAGGAGCCCGAUAUCACCUACUCCCUGGAGGACGUGGUGCAGGCUGUGAAGGAGUCCCACGACAAGGAUUUUAUCAGGCGUCUCCUCAACAACGAGUGUCCCUGCUGUCUGAGCAUCUUCCCUCGCAGCAAGAUGCAGUCUCUGACGUCCUGUCAGUGCUCGGUCUGCCACGACUGCUUCAAGCUGCACUUCACCAUCGCCAUCAGAGACAAACAUAUCCGAGACAUGGUGUGUCCCGUCUGCAGCGAGCCGGACAUCAACGACCCSGAGCAGCUGGACAGCUACUUCUCCACACUGGACAUCCAGCUGCGGGACUGCCUGGAGACUGAAGUGUACCACUUGUUUCACAAGAAGCUGAUGGAACACACGCUGAUGAAAGACCCAAAGUUCCUUUGGUGUUAUCAUUGCACCUCUGGGUUUAUCAACGACGGAAACCAGCUCAAGGUCACCUGCCCGUCAUGCCGCAAGAGUUUCUGCGCUCAGUGCAAGAAAUCUUGGGAGCCUCAACACCAGGAUGUGUCCUGCGAACAGUUCCAGCUGUGGAAGAGGGAGAAUGAUCCGGAGUACCAGAAGCAGGGCCUGGCUGGUUAUCUGAGAGACAAUGGCAUCACGUGUCCUCAGUGUAACUUCCAGUACGCUCUGACGAAAGGCGGCUGCAUGCACUUCAGCUGCUCCCAGUGCAGAUACCAGUUCUGCAGCGGCUGCAACAACCCAUACUACAAGAUGCUUGUGGUGUGAUGGAGCAGAAAGAUGAAGGCGGUCAGCAGAUCGACUCUCCGUGUGGCGUCCAAACRCAGCUGGGGCAGGCUGGACUCUGCAUAAACUGAUGGAAGUUCCUCUGGGAGAAAAAGUUCCAAGAAACAAAUAAAGAUUCAUAAGAAAAUCAUCUGAAAGCAGGUCGAUCAUAAAGUAAAAUUAACAGGGUUUUUUUCUUGUGUUUUUCCACCAGUUGUUUUAUUAUCUGCAGUUGAUUUCUGCCUAACCAGAAGAAGAAACCACAUUGCUCUGGUGGCUUCAUGCUUUUAUCUGUUGGUCAGAUUUAAUUUUAGUUUUUGUAGUUCUCACAGUGGAUGAUUUUCCUGUGUCGUAGAACGUGUUUUCARUUAUCUGCACAUUUUAUCUCAAGUUUGUCUGCCUUUACAAUCUCUCAGAGGAAACAAUCUACGAUGUGAAGCUAUUUUUCUGCUGGAACCUGACAGAUUUAUUUCUUACAAYUGAAUGACAAAAAUGUUUCCACAUGUUGAUGUUGUGAACAUCAGAGAAAGAAAUACGUUAUUAACUAUAACUUUUUUUUUUCAAAAAGGUUGUUGAAUCAGGUUGUAAUCUGCACAAUAAAUUAUUUAGAAAAGAAA